CCCGUCUUGUGGCCAAAGGCUUUAACCAAGUGGCCGGGGAGGAUUUUUUCGACACUUUUAGCCCAGUGGUGAAACCCACAACGCCUUUCUAAAUGGCCACUUGGCUGAGACUGUAUACAUGAAGCAGCCACCAGAGUAUGAAGACCCGACUCACCCUGGCCAUGUUUGCCACUUGCAACGCUCGCUCUAUGGCCUUAAACAGGCACCCAGGGCGUGGUUCAAGCGGCUUCACGAUUUCUUAAUAUCUGCAGGUUUUUCAUCGUCCAAAACAUAUGUGUCCCUCUUCUACACCACUUCUGGCGCCUCAAAAGUUUAUCUACUAGUCUAUGUAGAUGAUAUCAUUGUAAUGGGGCACGAUGCAAGAGCUGUAGAUACUCUGCUGACUCGUCUGGCAACUACCUUUAAAAUUCGGGACCUAGGCAAGCCGAGUUUCUUCUUGGGCAUCGAGACAGUUGAUAUUGAAGGUGGUAUAGUUCUAUCUCAGCGGCGUUACAUGACAGAUCUCCUCGGACGUGCUCGGAUGUCUGAUUGCAAGCCACUCACUACUCCAGCUGCCGUCACUAAACCAGUUACCGCGUCAGAUGAACCAUUCGACAAUCCCACACAGUAUCGUCAGAUAGUAGGGGCGCUUCAGUAUCUGACUAUCACACGUCCAGACCUCUCCUUCUCAGUCAACCGAUUGUGUCAGUUCAUGCAUGCACCGACUAUGGAUCAUUGGGCCUUGGCUAAGCGUGUAUCGCGCUAUAUCAAGGGUACUCUUGCGUAUGGAUUGCGAAUCUCGGCUUCACCGACUACUACUAUACAUGCCUACUCGGAUUCUGACUGGGCCGGCUGUCCUACAGACAGGAAGAGCACUAGUGGUUACGCGGUGUUUCUUGGGGAUAAUCUCAUCUCUUGGCAGUCCAGGAAGCAACGCACCGUAGCUCGCUCGUCUACCGAAGCUGAAUAUAAAGCCUUAGCCGACGUUGCGGCUGAGGUAACCUGGGUUGUGUCUUUGCUUCGUGAGCUAGGUCUGCAUGACAGGCAACCUUCCAGCAUUUGGUGUGACAACUUGGGUGCCACGUAUCUUUGUGCCAAUCCAGUUUUCCACGCACGGACGAAGCAUGUUGAGAUCGACUAUCACUUUGUCCGGGACAAGGUUGCAACCGGGGAAUUCAUUGUCAACUAUGUUUCAACUAAGGAUCAGCUCGCAGAUGUCUUCACCAAACCGCUACCAGGACUUUGCGUUUUACAGCGCUACGGUUCAAGCUCAAUGUGGCUAUUAGAUAGGAGAUAA